GACAGAUGCUACGUUCUUUUACAACCAGGGCGAGUGAAACACAUUACAAUGGAUUUGGAUCAAUAAAGUGGGUUUUCCCUGAUGUGCAGUGAUGGCUGCAGAUGUCCACAAUAAGAGUGCCCCCUGGGAAGUUCAGAAUGGCAGCCUGGUACCAGUGGAGCGCCUUCGCUUUGACAGGUCAGACAGUCCAACUCCAGGGCUGGUGGAGGGCACGGAGCCAGGUGCUGGGCAGGAACGCGCCAUGUUCGUCCAUGCCCAGUCGUUUGAAGACCUGACUGCGGAGAGUGAGGCCCAAGCUGAGGAGAAGAGCGAGAAGGAUUUAGUUUUGGAGGAGCCGAGGGAGGAGGCGAAAGAGGACGAAGGAGAGGAGGGUAGAGAUGAAGACGCGGUCAAAGAGGAGGAGGAAUCUCAACGCGGCGUCAGGGCGAAGGAGGAAGACAUAACGAGCGAAGCGUGGCGGGAUCACAGGAAACACGUGUUCGUCCUCAGCGAGGCCGGGAAGCCCAUCUAUUCCCGCUAUGGAACUGAGGAGGCUCUGUCCAGCACCAUGGGGGUGAUGAUGGCUCUCGUGUCCUUUGUGGAGGCAGAGAGGAACAUCAUCCGCUCCAUCCAUGCAGAUGGUUAUAGAGUGGUCUUUCUUCACAAAAGUCCUCUUGUCUUGGUGGGUGUGUCUAAGACGGCUCAGUCCGACAGGGAGUUGACACGUGAGCUCCAGUACGUCUACUAUCAGAUCGUCAGCUUGUUAACGCUGACUCAGCUGAACCACGUCUUCCAGCACAAGCAGAACUACGACCUACGCCGCCUGCUGGCGGGAUCCGAGCACUUGACCGACAACUUGCUCCGCCUGCUCGAUCGUGACCCGGGCCUUCUUCUGAGCGCCGUCAUGUGCUUGCCUCUGUCCAGCUCUGCCCGUGAUGUGGUCUCCUCCAGCCUUCAGGCAGCCAAGGCCAAGAGCUUGGUUUUCUCCAUCUUGAUCGCCGGGAACAGGCUGGUGACCUUGGUGAGGAAGAAAGAUCAGUUCCUACACCAUAUGGACCUGCAUUUGCUCUUCAACUUGGUGAACUCCUCUUCUUCCUUUCGGGAAGGCGAGGGUUGGACGCCCGUUUGCCUACCCAAGUUCAACACGGCUGGUUUCUUUCAUGCUCAUAUCUCCUAUGUGGAGCCUGCUUCAGAUCUCUGUCUCAUCCUGGUGUCCACCGACAGAGAGGACUUCUUCAACCUGUCAGACUGCAAGCGCAGAUUCCUUGAGCGCCUCCGUAAACGCAGCGCUUACCAGGUCCUGCAGGAGGCACUGCGCGCCCCCACUUAUUCUGUUUCCCAGGUUGGCAUCCCAGAACUGAGGCAUUUUGUAUACAAGUCCAAAAGCUCAGGGCUCUAUACCAGCCCUGAGCUCCCUGUACCAUACCAGAGUGUGGAGGAGCAGGAGAGGCUCAUGGGACUGUACCAGUCUUUGCAUAGCUGUUUGCACCAUCCCACACGUCCACUCCGAUCUAUCUAUCGCUGUGGAGAAAUGGAGAACCUGUUUGCCUGGGUAACAAGUGGUUUUGAGCUCUACCUCUGUUUUAGUCCCCUGGGGACAAAGGCAUUGGCUGUUUCUGCUGUCAAUAAACUGCUGAAGUGGAUCCGGAAGGAGGAAGACCGCCUAUUUAUCCUCAACCCCCAAACUUACUGACUCUUUUUCCUGGGAGUCUGCUAUAGCAAAUCUCUGACAGGCUAAAGGAGCUCACAUUAUGCAGCUGUAAUUGAGAAUGGGUUAUCUUAUAUUGCAUGUAGACUGGUAUCCAGUAGGGUUGGUUGUUUGUGAACACUAGGUAAUGAAACUCUCAGCUCUAUUCUCAAGCAGUUUCCACCUGUAGUGGUCAAGGCAUGUGGAUAGAUGAAUCACACCUUUAAACGGUGCCCAUAUGCUGAGACCCCUCAGCGGUGCCUCAGUGACGGUGGAGUUACCUGUGUCAGCUCUUCGACUAUAACGAGAUAACGCUGCUACUGAUGGUGCUUCUCAUAUAGGCUUUUAGGUAAAACUGACCUGUCACUGUCGUUAGUUGAUUUAGGAACAUAACUGAAAUAAUCAAUGUUAUUUUAGAUAAGCAGACUUUAAACCAAAACAAAAAAAUUUACAUUUGAAAUGUUAACAUUUGCCUGUAUUUACUGAAAAUAGGAAUAAAGGAAUAAGGAACUGAGGUGAACAGUGAGGGAGACACUAAGUGUGUCUUUUUCUGGGAAAUAUCCCCCUAAGGGCGCUAUGCUUCCAGCUGGUUGACAUUCCAUUGACUGAUUGUGGCUAUGAAACACUAAGUAAGACUGUGUAUCCUACUGGAUCCCAAUCUUUCAACAUCACCAGAGUACUGACUGUUCUCCAGUCAGCAGUCUGUUGUUUUAUCCUAAAAUAACAUUCAAUCUGAGAUUUUCUCUAGACUGACAUUUUCUUGAUUUUGCCUUUUUUUUUUAAUUUGUUCAGUAAUUAAUUCAGACUUGUAAUCUGAAGUCUAGAUCUUGUUUUUCAGAUUAGUCUAAAACAAAGAGGCCAGUACCAUUUGUUGACAGUGGGUGAGGUUCUUGGGCUUAACUUCUGUAGGAGAGCUAUAUAAUACUACAGUGUGAAUCAUAGCUUGUACAUUAUGAUUAUUAUAUGACAGCCAUUCACUAUGUGUGUUGACUUCUGAACUUUUGCUUUAGGGAUUGUUACUGACUUUGUCGGAUAUUAUCUAAUAAUGUAAAUAAAUGAUUUAAUAAAAGCUCUAAAACAGUCGCUAAAA